UUGUGAAUCUGGGUGCCAGACGUUCACUAAUGAGCACAUACUCUCAGUAUAACAUUCCUAUUGCACAACGGUUGCAGACAUUGAUGGUUUUUGGUUUUGAGGUUUGGACUAAAGUUCGCAAUAGGUUCAAGAAUGCUUUGGAGGGUAUAUUGGCUACUCCUGUUGAAUCUUGCUGUGAAUAUUAGUGCUGAAACUGUUUACAGCUAUGCCUCUCAAUAUGGAAGUAAACCAGGAAACUUUACUGAGGCAGAAAGUACCCCUGUGACAAGUGAACCGGUGCCACAAGAAGUUUCAUGCAGUGGUGUAAAGGGCCAAGGAUCUUGCUUUGGGAUGGUCUCAAGAGGUGCCAGUUAUGAUCCAUCAUUCAAGGCUGCUAUUUCUUCUGGCGGGGCCUCACAGGACUCAAGGAAUGAUGCCUAUGGCUCAGUUUUUGCCUCUUACCUAAACUCCAGCCCUUCAGUCAGUGGUUCUAAAAACAUGCAACCUGUAGAUUUUAACAAAAAUGCUGAGUAUGAGCCUAGUACUCCUCGUGUUGUAUCAUAUGGUUCAGUGUAUAGACUUCUAAAACCACUUGGUGCCUACAGCUCCACUAGAUCUGCACUUUCUACAAAAUAUAAGCCUCCUAUUAGCAGGUCUGUGACAUCAUCCAAGACUGCACCAGUUGGCCAAAAUGGUUAUCAGACUGGGUACUCUCAGGAUAAUUAUGCUACUACACAUCAGGGAGAUGCUUAUAACUCUAUGGCUGCUACAUAUUAUUCAAGAAAUAAACCCUCACUAAAAGGCAUGGUGAUCUCAAGCGGUCCCAUAAUAACAUUUAUUAUGCCAAAUCAGAGUAAUGAACAACUUGUACAAACUAUCGACAAAGCCCAGCAUAAGCAUGAACCUGGUGCACCCAUCAAACCGUCGGUGGCUGUCGACCAACCUACUGCUGAACCUUCUAAGCCUUUUGAGCAUAGCCAAGGACUGAACUAUCAAAGGUUUUCUUCCCAGCUUAAAAUACCAAGUCACAGCAAAUGCCACCCUCAUCAGUCAGUAAUAAAGCCAGUUACUGCCCCCAAACCUUACUUGGCAAGUCCAUUAACUCCAGAAUCAAGGGCCACGGAACCAAGUUUUAUACAAGUGGGAAAUGCUGACCGCCCAGCAGACACAAAUAACAAAUCCUCCAUUUUCUUCAAGGCAGCUCAAUCUACCUAUAUGCAGCAAACAACCAAACCGGUGAAGAGUAGCCAGCAGCUAGCUGAUUUUUCUCAAGAUGUCUAUGACUCAACUUCAACUACAGUAUCAUUGCCUGAUUCUGUAUAUAGAUUUACAAGACCAAAAAAUGUCUAUGGCACAUCUGAAAGUAUACGUACCUCAGCGUAUGAGCCGUCUAGCAGUGCUAAGACUGCUCAAAGCAACUACAUGCAACAACUCUAUCAAGCUGGACCUUCUUUUUCUAAAGUUGAUUAUAGUUCUCCUUCCUCUGCAGUGACUACAGGUGAUUCAAGGCAUGGUUUUGCACAGUCAGGAAAUGGGUAUGGCUCAGCUGAUAAUGCCUAUACUUUACAUUCUCUGACUACUGCUAGCAGUUCCAAUUUGCUUCCAAAUCCAUACAUCAUAGCCAGGCAUGAUGGGAGAUCUUACCCUAUGAUUAAGCCACUACAACCCAACUACAAAUAUUUUCCAACAAGGUAUACACAAAUGGGUUCUGUUAAGGAUUUUGACCAGUUAAAAACAAAUCUGAUUCCCCAGAUGUCUGAUCAGGCUGUAAAGUCAGAAGGCUUUCAAACCUGGCAACAUUAUGGUUCUCUCAUGGUUUCUGACUCUGCACAGAACAGUGAUUUCCCUCAAAAGAACCCUCAAAGGACCGUUUCCAAACCUUUAGACUCCAUUCACUCUCAUCCAUACAAACCUAAAAACCUAUUUAAUUAUUUGUCAAGCUUGCCUCUCCCAGAUGAGCAAUCUAUAUCCAGGACCUACAACCAACUACAAACUGGACAGUCAAAAUCUGCCAAUCUGACUACCUCUAUCCAAAAAAAUUAUACAGCUAAACAGAUCUGGGGUUAUUACAGUCCUGCUUCCUUACUUUUGUCUCAAGGUAGAGCUGGAGUUGCUAUGCCAAGGUCUGUUUCUGACCCUGCAAGUGGGUAUGUCGUGGACCAGACCGGACAUCCGUCAGGUGUCCUUGUCAAGCCUUCCCAACAAAUAUUCAGGUCUUUGACAUCAUCACCCAGUAGUCCAGAAAGUCAACCUGUCUCUCCAAGAAGUUGGUAUGGACCAUCACAUCCAGAUUCAGGGUUUGCUCUGAGAGACUCCAGGCCACUGCUCCAGUCUGGGAAGGAUUCUUUCAGUCCUACCCAGAAUGAACAUGAUUAAAAUCAUAGUAACUACCAGUAUCUGUGUUAAACACUGAUGGAAAAUGAAAAUUGUCUUAUUUCUACCAAAGACCUUGUCUUGCAGUUUGAGGUGUUUCAUAAAACAACCACUGAGCAAAUUCUACUGAGAGAUUUUUUUUUUUUUUUUUUUUUUUCCCCAAAUAGUAUGUUUACUGAAACCUUAAACCAAAUCUCAUAUAAUGACAUUUUAGUGCAUGUGAUGACCUUGGAACUCAAGGUUUUCCUUUAUUGUUCCAGUUUGAGUUGGCUCUGCUGCAAUUUAUUAAACUGCUGAUGUAAAUAAAGACUGCCUUUAUGAAAAA